AUGUUACCAGCAGCUCAUGGAUUUGCCUUAGUGACCCCUGCCUCACGAGGGUUGGGGCUCGCCUUCGCACAACAGCUCCUGACACGGACCGAGCUCCCUGUAAUCGCAACAGGACGUAAGAACUGCGACGAAGUCCGAGAACGAUUGCUGUCAAGUAAGGGCAUGCCUAAGGACGCAACAGAGAGACUUCGAGUUCUCCAAGUCGAUGUAACAGAUGAGUCUACAAUAUCAGCAAUGGCAGACACAAUCCGCCAGGAAUAUCCAAACACACCACUCAGGCUGGGGCUUACAAUCCCCGGCAUUUUGCAUGCAGAAAAAUCACCUAGUAGAAUCGACUCUGCCAAUGCGCUGGAUAGCUUCAAAGUCAACUCUCUCGGCCCCUUGCUACUCAUGAAGCACCUCUCCCCCUUCGUCCCAUUGAAAAUGUCACCAGAAUUUCCGACAAUAGAGGCCAGCUCUGCAAUCAACUCCCCAGGACCACUGUUUUUGCCCUCGCAUGCCAUCUAUGCAAUGAUGGCCGCUCGAGUCGGCUCAAUAUCCGACAAUGCCUCGGGCGGAUGGUAUUCCUACCGUGCAAGCAAGGCAGCUGUCUUCCAAUUGGCCAAGACUUUUGAUUUGCAUUUGCGCGCGAAGAGCGCGCAGAGGGCAAUCGCUGUGGCGUUGCACCCUGGGACUGUGCACACGGAUUUUACUAAGGACUAUUGGGGAAGUAGGGAAAUGCUGGAGCCGGCCCAGGCGGCUGAGAAGCUAUUAGAGGUCCUUCUGGGGUUGCCAUCUGACGUCGAAGGAGGGAGAGGGAGGUGCUGGGAUUGGAAGGGAAAGGAAAUUUUGCCCUGA